AUGUCAUCGUCAUUGGUCGUAACGACGGCGGAGCCAGCCGGCUUGCGAAGCGAGAACAGCAAGGAUGUGCCCGUCGAUCCGCGGCACAGCGAAAGCGAGCGGGACAGCAGCAACAAUAAUGCGAGAACGACGGAGCCCGGCGACGAAGCGUCGUCUGAAAGGAUCCUGAAUGCGUUGGAGGUGGACGAUGCCGCGACAUCUGUUGGGAAGAAGAGGGUUUUCAGCGGGGCCUGGCAUGAGGUUGCUUUCAUCGCGGUGGUUAUGAUGGCGCAAUUGGUCACGCAAAUGAACCUGGGCAACACCAUCGUUCAGGUGCGCAGCGUUGCGCGUGGCCUCGGCGUGGGCGAUGACGCUGCUCAGGAGUCGUGCAUUACCGUGGGCGCCUUCGUUCUCGUGACAGGCCGGCUUGGUGAUAUUUACGGCAUCAAGGUGCUGUGGCUUAUCGGCUGGAUUUGGUUAUCGCUUUUCUCCCUCCUUUGCGGGUUCUGUGAUUUCUUCGACUCCGAUGUUGUCUUCGACAUCUUCCGAGCCCUCGGGGGCAUUGGCCCUGCGAUGCUAAUGCCUAACGCGUCCGCCCUUCUGGCCAGUGCCUUCAAGCCAGGCUUCAAGAAGAACCUCGCUUUCGCCAUCUUUGGGGCGGUUGCACCUGGCGGGUACGUAGCCGGCCUGGCAUGGGGCGGUAUCUUCACCCAACUGGUCGGCGACUGGAGAUGGACUUACUGGAGCAUGAGCAUUUUGUGUCUUGGCUCUGGCGUAAUCGCUCACCUGGUAAUCCCCAAUGCGCUGAACAUAGCCCAUGGGGGGUCUUUCGACUACCUUGGAAGUGCGGUGGGCGUGUCCGGUCUGGUCCUCAUUUUCUUUGCUUUCAAUGCGGCGCCUCUUUUCGGCUGGAGUGCAGCUUACAUACCCAUACUGCUGGCAAUUGGACUGGUUCUAAUUGUUCUCUUCGUCAUUAUCGAGAAUCGCGUCCCGCAGCCUGUGAUGCCCAUGUCGAUGUUUACAAAGCCAGCAUUUGCAGCCGUCAUGCUAAGUCUAUCUUGCGGAUGGAUGAGUUUCGGCAUGUUCCAAUACUACGCACCUCAAUUUCUCCUCCGUCUUCGUGGUAUUACGAUGAUGGAACUCUGUCUUCAGUUCAUACCGCUGGUUGUAGAUGGUGCCCUCGCUGCUGCUCUAGCAGUUUAUCUACUGCCUCGUGUACCAGCUUGGGUUGUCUUUAUUUCCUCGAUGAUCGCCUUCUUCACCGGUCAGAUAUUAUUGGCGCUCAUGCCUGUUGAUCAGGAAUAUUGGCCGAUGACGUUUCCUCUCGUUGUGCUCAUCGCAUUUGGCCCCGAUCUCAGCUUCGCCAGUGCGAGCCUGAUCGUGAGCGAUCAAGUGCCCAAGGAUCAGCAAGGCGCUGCCGGCAGUUUUGUGAAUACCGUGGUCAACUACAGCAUUGGUCUUGGUUUAGCCUUUGCAGGCAAUCUAGAAGUCAGAACUAACGACGGAGGGAAAGAUAUCUUGCAAGGUUACAGGAGCGCAUGGUGGCUUGGUACGGGUUUCGCAGGGCUGGGUGUCUUGGUCACCUUUGCGUUCAGAAACAAGAUGCAAAGACACAAGAUCGAGUAG